AUGUGCUUCAAGAGCAUGUGGCACGGGAGCCAGCGAUUCCCAGACCAUCCCGACAGCCGCUCCUUGCAGGUGACUGCUGCGCGCAUCCAGGGGCACGAGGCCAACAUGGCGAUGCUGCAGGCCGCUGGGGCCAUUCCGAAGCCCAAUGUCCGCCGACUCGCUAUCAGCAAGAGCGACCCCGACCCCUGCAUCCUGGCAACGUCACCGCCUGCUGCCCCGCCAGCCACUGGGCCCCCAGCAGCGCCGCCGCAAUUCGGUGGCCUCGCGAGGGGAGCCGGCCCGCAGACAGCGCUGCCGAUGCCGCCGGGCAGGUUCUUCUCGGCCUCUUCGGGCGCUCGUCCACAGACGUCCGCGGGCAAGCGCCGCGUCCUGCAGUCCCCCAAGCCUGCAAUGCUGUAG